AUGAGUAGUCAGUGUGAGCUGUUAGUAGAACAUCUGCAGACUGCAGUCCACACUCCUUCAACUUCUCUGCAAGGAUGCACAGAUGAUCUGACCUUUGCAACAGAGACAGUUGAUGUUGGAGGUGAUGUGAACCUGACCUGUCCCCGACCAGAAACUUUGGAUGAAUAUAAAUCAACCUUAUAUUGGAUCAGGAUUGUUUCUGAAAAAGGGCCUGAAUUCUUGGGAGGAACAUAUGGCUUUAAAUUUGAUUAUGGUGUUAAUAAGACUCCUCGCAUUACAGCAAAACAAGAGCCUAAAGCCUUUGUUCUGCACAUCAGUCAAACUAGGCUCAGUGAUACUGGAGUUUACUACUGUAUAAAAGUAAAAUCUCUUCACAUGACAUUUCUGAAUGGAACAUUUCUGAGAAUUAAAGGACCAGAACCAGAUAUCACUGCCGUCAUUCAAGUGUCUCCACCUGAUCCAGUUCGUCCAGGAGACUCAGUGAGUCUACAGUGUUCAGUCCUCUCUGACUCUGACAACAAGAAGUGUCCAGAAAAACACAGAGUGUACUGGUUCAGAGCUAAAUCAGAUGAGUCUCAUCCCAGUUUAAUUUACGCUCAUCAAAACAACACUGAUGGAUGUGAGAGGAGUCCAGAGACUCACUCACAGAGAUGUGUCUACAGCUUCUCUAAGGACGUCAGCUCCUCUGAUGCUGGGACUUACUACUGUGCUGUGGCCACAUGUGGAGAAAUACUAUUUGGAAAUGGAACUAAACUGGACAUUAAAGCACUGUGGGACUUGGAGAAGGCCAAUAUAUUCGUCUUUCUGUCAUGUCCUGCUUUGGCUAUAAGUCUUAUUGUUAUAGCCUUCCUCAUUUAUACCAUCAAGAAGAACAAUCGGUAACAGAAUUUCA